UCCGCCUUGCUGGUGUCAGUCUCCACGCAGGCUUUGGCUCUGCUGCGGCACCGGUCCCCCGCCCGCCCCGCCCCCAGUUCUGGCGUCGUGGCGGAGCACUCCGUGCCCAGCGAGCGGGGGCGGGGGGGGUGUCCUGGAGAGCGAGCACACAGGCCGAGCAGGAGCAGGAGCAGGAGCCUCCCCCGCUCCUCCGUGCCCGGAGUGGGGCACGAGCCAGAGCGCUCCACCUGGAGGCGCCGCCGGUGCUGACGAGUGGCACUCCUGGCAGCCAAUGAGGGGCCCUGCCUGCUCCCAGCGAGGAGGAGGGGCGCGUGCUGCUGCUGCGGCGCCAAGAGGAGGAGCGCGCGCGAGGCAGAGCAGGUGGAGGGGAGCGAGCGCAGCGCCCCAGCAGCUUCUGCCCUGGUGGGUGGCUUAAGCGCUCCCCGCUGGGGCUCGGACGGUGACCUGGGCAGCAGGUAGCCCUGGGGUCCGGCAGCAGACCUGCUACCAAGAACCAGCGAUGGGCAAGCACAACAGCAAGCUGGCUCCAGAAAUGCUGGAUGACUUGGUGAGGAGUACAGAAUUCAAUGAGCAGGAGCUGAAGCAGUGGUACAAGGGCUUUCUAAAAGAUUGCCCCACUGGCAUCCUCAACUUAGAGGAAUUCCAGCAACUCUACAUCAAGUUUUUCCCCUAUGGUGAUGCAUCCAAGUUUGCCCAGCAUGCUUUCCGCACAUUUGAUAAAAAUGGUGAUGGGACCAUUGAUUUCCGGGAGUUCAUUUGCGCACUCUCUGUCACCUCCAGAGGAAGCUUUGAGCAAAAGUUGAACUGGGCCUUUGAGAUGUACGACUUGGAUGGGGAUGGCAAGAUAACACGCUUGGAGAUGCUGGAGAUAAUCGAGGCCAUCUACAAAAUGGUGGGUACGGUCAUCAUGAUGAGAAUGAACCAAGAUGGGCUGACACCUCAGCAGCGUGUUGACAAGAUCUUCACCAAGAUGGACAAGGACAAAGAUGACCAGAUUACCCUAGAAGAGUUCAAGGAAGCUGCUAAGAGCGACCCUUCAAUUGUCCUCCUGCUGCAGUGUGACAUGCAGAAAUAGAGAGCAGGGCGGUGGGGGGGCGGGGGGGCGGGACACUGAAUCCCGCAUCUCCUUCCCUUGCUUGGAGCUGCAGACCACACUUCCUAAGAUGGGGUGUGCUCUGUUUCGCAUGAACAUCUUGGUCCAGUUGAAUCCCUAAUAUGAACAUCUCGAUAGUUAAAACACCAACCAUUUCCCCCACAAUCCAUGGGGAAAAUGGGUUGUUCCCAAGGCUAUACCAAUAAAUCCCACUUGUGAUGGCCUGCCCAAAUCCAUGACCGUCAGUGCAAGACUUAGAAUUCCCAAGGUUCUCAGCUAUACAAGCUUAUAUUCAGGAGGCUCUCUUCUUCCUGAUGACCACUAAUAUAAUCUUCAGGUGUGCCCCAUAUAUACCGUUCAGAUGUAUCUUCUUCCCUUCACUGUCCUGAAACCUGCCCACCUCCAAUGGGAAUCAGUGAUUUUCUCCUCUUCCACAUCCCUCCCUACCUUCCUGAACAGCCAGUGGCAGCUAGUGUGCUUUUACAUUUUUGAUCCAGUUGAAACAAGCUAGCCUUCGUUUUCAGACAUCUCUCGUCAUAAAUAGAGUGAGGCUACCUAUUGUUGAAGACCAUAUUACUGCUGAUGUGAAGUGGCUCUUGCUAACCUUACGCCGUCUUGAAAAUGUUUGUUUAACUCUUCCUACUGAGUUAAUCUUGAUUUAGCAAAUGUUAACCCUUAUCCUGGUGGGGAGGGAGAGGCACGUGCUUUUUCAAAGGGUUAAAGCAUUUAUUUGUGAAGGGUGGUUGCCUGGCAGGCAGGGGGAAAUGCUGCGAGAUUCUGGGACUGUUGAGCAGAUUCUCUCCCGUCAGACUUUUUUGACGGCUCAUUUUCCUUAGAAAUUGUUCUGUUUGUAUCUGUGGUAUGGAGAGUUUUUCGAGAACUUGGAGCGAUUCAAAACUAGCAUUUCUAGGACCAAAUCUUCAGUGUUGAGGGAGACCUAACAGUAUUGAACGGCUGUGGAAAUUAGUAGCUUGCUUUGGGGUCCCCAUCCCCCCGCUUUUCAUGUUGUGCCCUGGAAGGAAGUUGUGCUUCCCAGAUUAGCAAAGAGCGGAAAAAAUCAGAACUUGGAAUCACAGGUGAUUAAAUUAAGUAUUCUCUCAUGAGGUUGCUGAAUAGCACUUGGUGCUGAAUUUUCUGAGGAUAAAUUGUUAAACAGGUGGUCUGCUUUAACAAUUUAAGGAUAAAUUGUUAAAAGGUCUGCUCCCCCCCCCUUCUUCCUCUUACACUGUACCUCUCUGGAAUGCAUCCGUCCUAGAACAGGGUAACUGUAUGAAGCUAUCAGCAUGGAGUCACAUGAUGGCUGGGUGGGUACAACUUCAUGCUUGCAGGUUAGUGUUGUGACACCAUCUGCACUGAAAGAAAAAUGCCCCAAACUGGGGGAAAUGUUUGUGAAAAUCAGCCCUGGAGAAGGUGAGGUGGGAGAAGAAGGGAAACCUAGUGGAAACCUCUGCUUAUGAUCUUUGAAUGUUCUGAGAAGGGCUGCAGCUGGUGGAGAGGAGAUCUGAGUGGAGUGAAAUGACAGAGAGCUGGUUCUGCUGGACUCUCCAAAAGGCUCUCGGACUAAAAGCAAAGUGAUUCCCAUGGGAAGCACCCCUGGACCAGCCUCUUAUGUGAGACCACAAGCUCCCUGCUCCCUGGUUCCCUUGCUGCCUCUGCCCUUCUGAAUUCCCAUCCUGGUCUGAAGCCUAUUCUUGGAUAUGUAUCCAGUCUGCUUGUUGUGAUUGUGAAAAUCGUAAUUGUUUAGAAACAGUGAUGUUUAUAUAACACUUUUUAAAAUAAAUUUUUUUUGGGGGGGAAUAACUCACUCUGUUGGA